UGUAAGGCGACCGUCGACGGCGACUCGGCCGCAUACUCGUGUCCCGGGCCGCCUCUGCCCUCGUGGGCGUCUGGCGCGCCCGGCCUCGUCUGCCUCCGGCCGCCGGGACUCGAACUUGCCACCCACAAGGGCCAUGCUCGCUCCUCGUUCGCUUCGCUCUCGCCGGCAACCGUGAGCCUGGCUGCCGGCGACGGCGGACUCGCGAUUGACCAGUCCACCCGCGAGAUGCUCGCCGCCACUGCUCAUCUCCUCACCUCGGCCAUUCGGAGAGUUCCGCCGACCCCCUCGUCAGCGGGGCCAGGCCCGCUGGCCGGCCUGCCGAUGUCCGUCACCGCCAACACCUCCGGUCCGCUACCGAUGGGGCGCAGUGACGGCAGCAACAGCGGUUCUACUGGCCGGCUGUCAAUCUACUCCGUUUGCAUAUAA